UGCAGUGAUGUAAACAUGCGGACGGUGCAUGUCGGCUGAAUGACACGGGGUUUUGGUGUAGUUGUAUCGACACUAGCGGGGUUGAUGAGCCGCUGCUUCACCUCCAGCUGACCGCCAUGCUCUGCAGAGCCGCAGCCCAGCGGGGGGCCGCCGCGCUCCUCCGCUGCCGCCGCCCUCUGACCCCCUUCGGACCUUCUCGGUCGUCUUCCUCAUCCUCUUCCUCACACGGAAAGCCGCCUCGUCCCGGGCAGUGGGCUCUGACGGUGAGCCCCUUCACCACGGUGCGGGCUCAGCUGGGCUGCAGCCUCUCCAUCCAGCCGCUGGACCCGCACGCCUUCCCCGAGGCGGACCGGGCCUUCAUCGCGGUGAACGGACCGGCGGGCACGGAGCAGCAGCAGGCCGGCCCGGACCGGCUCCACGUCCGCUACGAUGAGGAGAGCAGGGAGCUGCUCAUCUCUGCUCUGGAGGUGGACAGAGACCUGUCCAUCGAAGUGGCUGCUCCGAUUAAAAGCAAUCUCUUCAUCACUGCUCAGGGGGAAGGCAGCGUGCAAGUGAGAAAAAUGGAGUGUGACAUCUGCAAGGUGCAAAUAGAAAGAGGCCACUGUUUGCUGCACUCUGUGAAGGGUCAUCACGUUGAGGUGCAGUCAUGUGGAGGACGUGUUACAGGUGCGGGCACCAUUCACGGCAAUGUGAGCAUCAGAGCACGAGGAGACGGUGCGGUGGACGUGAAGAAGCUGCAGGGCACCAGCAUGGACGUUUCCACAGAGCACGGCCCUCUCAAGGUCAAAGCCAUCUAUGCUGAGUCCAGCUGUGUGUCCUCCUGCUCUGGGAGGGUGGAGCUGGGCCACGUGCACGGAAACACCACUGUGAAGAACCAGUCUGGAGAUACAGUGAUCGAUGGUUCAAAUAGUUUGGUGAAGGUUUCCUCUCUCAGCGGAGGGAUCGACGUCUACGUGGGAGACGGCGGCAGCGCCGAGCUUCACAGUCAGGAAGGAGCGGUGAGUGUGCGUGUCCCGUCCUCGUUACGAGCCGGAGUGGAGGCCCGUGGAGUGUCGGUGGAUAUCAGCCCAGAGGUUGUUCUGCAUGGAGUAGUAAACAACUCCACAGAAGGCCAUACCACAGUUACUGGAUACAUGAACGCAGACCCUCCAGUGGACCGCUGGGUUAAAGCCCAGGCAGACAGAGGCCCCGUCACACUGAGGACACAAAGCUGGUUUGAGACUCUGAGGCUUGGAGGCUGAGAGGAAGCAUUUU